GUGAGAGUAGAGGGGAGAGAAAGAGGGGAUCGGAUUGAAAACAGAUCAGCCUGAAGAUCUCCCACCGCAUGUCUAGAACAACUGUCGAUUAAAAUCGAGUCUUUCAGCGAAAACACGCAAUGCGCUUUCAUAUGAAAAAGCGCAAAAGGGAGUGAGAUAACUUUACUGCUUGAAGAUGAUGGAUUGUAAAAGUUAGAUGCGAGUAUAAAUGCGCUCCUCCGAAUUAAAUUAGUUAUCCAAGGGAUGCAGUGCCCGUAAUUUCUAGUAGCAUUUCAAACUUUUCUUGAAGUGCACCUCAAUGGAUUUUUUUCAAAGGGACAUAUCCUGUCCAAGCGGUUUUAAUUGAAAAAGUAGAGUUUCAGUACUAUAGUUCCCGGAUUCUUUGCGGAGAAUCAACGGACAAAGUGAACCAGAGUACGGGGUCUAAAUAUAUCAUUCAAGGUUGACUCUGCCUCCCUGCUGUCCACCAUGGAGACCUCUGCUCCGACAGCCACUGAGAAAAAGGAGCAUAAGGGAUCAGGUCUGGAUGGAAGCAGCUUCUCAGACCUGCCAAAGAAACCAUCUCCCACUACUGUGACCAGAGGUCCUCACCAUCUCUUCCCCACGUUUCACACACCGAUCCCAAUCGAUAUGCGUCACCACGAGGGGAGGUACCAUUACGAGCCACACCCCCUCCACGCCAUGCAUGGACAUCAUGGCCUAGCAGGCAGCCCGGUCAUCUCAGACGGCAUCUCUCUGAUCCGUCUGUCCCCCCACGCAGCAGGGACGGGGGAUUCCCCCUUCAGCCCACCUCACUCCUACGUCCACCCCCAGAUGGAGCACUACCUCCGUUCCAUGCACAGCAGCCCCACCCUCUCCAUGAUCUCUGCUGCCCGCGGACUCAGCCCUGCAGAAGUGACCCAUGAGCACCUGAAGGAACAUGGUCUGUUCAGCCUGCCCCCUCCACCUCCAGGUGCCAACCCUACAGAUUACUACCACCUCAUGGCCAGUGGCAGGAGCACUUACGGAGACCUCAUCAUGCAGACCGGGGCGGCCGCAGCAGCAGCAGCCGCAGCAGCACACCUGCCCGACUACAGCCCUGUGGACGUGUCCCGGUUCUCCAGCCCCAGACUGACCCCCAGGCUGAACAGAAAGCGAGCCCUGUCCAUCUCCCCUCUCUCAGACGCCAGCAUCGACCUGCAGACCAUGAUCCGUACCUCGCCCAACUCCCUCGUGGCCUACAUUAACAACUCACGCUCCAGCUCUGCAGCCAGCAGCUCCUACGGACACCUGUCAGUCAGCGGCAUCAGUCCGUCGUUCACCUUUCCCCACCCCAUCAACCCCAUGGCCUACCAGCAGCUGCUCAACCAGCAGAGAGGCCUGAGUGCGUUCGGCCAUACUCCUCCCCUUAUCCAGCCCUCGCCCUCCUUCGCUGCCCGCCAGCAUGCCCACGCCCUGGCAGCCUCCACCCUCAACACCACCCACAACACCUCCAGCUCUGAGUCCAACCAGAAUGCUGGUGGGGACCCGGCGGUGAGCAGCACAGUCAACCCCAUGAUCACCAAGAGGCACAAGGUCAAGACAGAAGCAGAAGGACCCCGGCCCAUAUCACCAUGCUUUCAGGAGCAUGUCCUGGACCUGAGUGAGGAGCUGGACAAAGAUGAGUGUAAGCAGGAGCCAGAGGCUGUCUACGAGACCAACUGUCACUGGGUCGGCUGCAGCAAGGAGUACGACACCCAGGACCAGCUUGUUCAUCAUAUCAACAAUGACCACAUCCAUGGGGAGAAGAAGGAAUUUGUGUGUCGCUGGGAUGAGUGCUCGCGGGAACAGAAGCCCUUCAAGGCUCAGUACAUGCUGGUGGUCCAUAUGAGGAGACACACUGGAGAGAAGCCACACAAAUGCACGUUUGAAGGAUGCUGUAAGGCCUACUCUCGCCUGGAGAACCUGAAGACCCAUCUGAGGUCUCACACAGGGGAGAAGCCUUACGUCUGUGAACACGAGGGCUGCAACAAAGCCUUCUCCAACGCCUCAGACAGAGCCAAGCACCAGAACAGAACUCACUCCAAUGAGAAACCCUACAUCUGUAAGAUCCCUGGGUGCACUAAGCGCUACACAGACCCCAGCUCUCUCAGGAAGCAUGUGAAGACGGUCCACGGACCUGAGGCCCACGUCACGAAGAAACAACGUGGCGAUGUGCCCCCCAGGGGUCCUCCUAAGGGGAAUGGAGAGAACGAGGCAAACGCCAAACAGAGUGGUAGAGGGAUGGAUGGAAAAAUGGUGGCCAACAGCACCAUUAGAGGAGCAGAGGACUGCCUGCAGGUCAAGUCAAUCAAGACUGAGAACUCAAUAACGUACCAAUCCAGCCCGGGCGGUCACUCGUCAUGUAGCAGUGAGCCGUCGCCACUUGGCAGUGCCCACAACAAUGACAGUGGAGUAGAGAUGGCCCUGCACAGUGGGGGCAGCUUUGGGGACCUGAGUGCACUGGAUGACCCUCCCAUGGUGGACUCCUCCACCCUCUCCCCCCGCAACUCGGUGGGGGUGGGUCUUGGGCUUCAUAAAGGGGGAGGAGUCACCAUCAAGCUGGAGAACAUCAAGAAGGAGAGGCUGAAGAAUGUGAGGGACUCUUGUCCCUGGGCCAACUCUGGUCCUCAGGCACCUCAGGUCCGAAACACCAAGCUGCCUCCCAUUCCUGCUGUUGGUUCCCUUCUGGAAAACUCUAAUAUGAUCGCUCCACCCGGGCCCUACCCUGGUCAGCGUCUUGGUGACCUGUCGUCAUGUGAGGUGACCAUGCUGAACCAGCUAAACGAACAGGGCCGCCGGGACAGCAACACCAGCACUGCCAGCUCAGCCUACAUCAGUCGGCGCUCCUCUGGCAUCUCCCCCUGCUACUCCAGCCGCCGCUCCUCCGAAGCCUCGCAGUUCAGCAACCGCCACAACAACAUCAGCUCAGCCGACUCCUACGACCCCAUCUCCACAGACCUGUCCCGUAGAUCCAGCGAGGCCAGCCAGUGUGGAGGUGGAAACCUCUCUAGUUUGCUCAGCCUCACCCCUGCCCAGCACUACCAUCUCAAGGCCAAGUAUGCUGCUGCAAUCGGGGGAGCUCCACCUACACCUCUGCCCAACAUGGAGCGUAUGAGCCUCAGGACCAGGAUGGCCCUGUAUGGUGACCACUCCCAAGAAAGAGAGAGCUUAUCCCACUGUCAACUGUUCCACCCACCUACCGCAGCAGUUCCCAGACGCUGCAGCGACAUCGGCUACAGUAGCUAUAGCAUGAUGCCCCACGAGGUCCCUGGGAACCUUCCCCGGCGAGCCAGCGACCCCGUCCGCAGACCUACCCUAGACCCACUGUCCCUUCCACGAGUCCAACGCUACAACAGCAUGAACAGUAUGAACCCCAACAGUGUGAUGCCUCCUCCCUCUGCCGACCGCCGGGGCCUGGCCAUGCAGAGCUACACGCGAUCCGACGGAAGCCUGCACCACCACCCCUUCGCCCCACGGCCCCCCAGCAUCUCAGAGAACGUGGUGAUGGAGACCAUGGCCGUGGACGGGCUGGACCAUGCAGGAGAUGAGGACAUGGUGCUGCCUGAUGAUGUCAUACAGUACCUCAGGUCUCAGAACACUGGCCCCGGCCAAUCAGCAGGCCCCGCCGACUACGCCAACAGCCAAUCACAAGGCGGAUUUCAGGUCCAGGGGAAUAUGACCUCCUCCCAACAGCAGUUCUAUGGGCAGAGGAGGAUGGCAAUGGUGGAUGCCAACAUGCCCCUGUCUGGGUCAGGCCAGGCUCCCCUACCCCCCUACCAGAUGAGCCCUGGGUCUGGCUCCCAGCAGCAGCAGUACCCAGCCUCUCACAGUAUGAACAACAAGAACAACAUGCCAGUCCAGUGGAACGAGGUCAGCUCAGGGACUGUGGAUGCUACAGCCACCUCCAGACUCACCAAGCAGAACCUCCUCAGAAACAACAACCUGGCCAUGGUCCAGCAGAGACAGAACUUUGGGCAUUUCCAGGGUAGAAUGGGUAGUAACAGUAACCAGCAGGUGAUGCCCAUGAACCAGAAUAUGGCGCUACAAGGCUACACCCAGAGAAGCAACUCCCAGUGGAUCAACUCUGUCCAACAGCAACAAAGGCAGCCAUGCAGCAUGAACUAUCCUGAGCAGAUGAGUCCCCAGCAAGGAUAUGGCCAAGAAAUCAUCCCUGUCCCUAACUCUGGAUCUGGGAAUGGCAGCCUACGACCCAACUUUAAUGGCAUGGCACUGCCCAACGGCAGGGUGAUGGCUACACACAACAAUCCUGAUACUCAGAUCUACAGGUCAAGGACUCAGGUUGAAAGCUAUGUCCCCCACAUGAUUCAGGUUGACCAGCAGAACUACAGUAUUUCUUCUCAGCAGCAAGACGUCAAUACUGGGAACAGAGUUGGGAUGCAGCCCAGGCCUCCCAUGGAGCCCAAGUCUAUGAGCAGUAGACAACACUCAGGGUCCAGAAGUAUGAUGCAGCAGAACCGUUUCCCUCAGUCUGACUUACAUCACAACACCAAUGAGGCCAGUCCAAAGAGGCCGGGUGGCACCGCAGCACAUACCGGCGGACAUAACAGAGACUCAAACUCCAAUGCUUCAAUGUUUUAUGCUGGCCAGAUCCAGAUGUUUGAACCCAAUAACAACCACAAUGUGAGCUUCAACUCCCCCAUGUCCCCCUUCAUGGGCCAGACUCCGGGAGGCACCACUGUUACCAUGGCAUCUCCAGGGGUCAACCAGGUCACCAGCACCGUUGACUCAUCCGGCUCCUCUGGAUCGAUCUCUGGCGUGGAGCAUGCCCAGAUCGACUUUGACGCCAUGUUGGAUGAUGGAGACCACUCCAGCCUGAUGUCAGGGACCCUCAGCCCCGGACUCCUCACCAGCCUGUCCCAGAAUUCCUCGAGGCUUACCACCCCCCGUAACUCUGUGACCCUGGCCUCUGUGCCAGCAGGAAUCGGUAAUAUGGCCAUCGGAGACAUGAGCUCCAUGUUGACCACCCUGGCUGAGGAGAGCAAGUUCCUCAACAUGAUGAGCUAAGGCCUUGGCUGUGUCACAAUAAUCUCUCCUUUCUCCCGAACUGUGCACUUGUUAACUUCCCUUCUUGGAUUUGAAAGAAAAUGUACAGAAACUCCCUCUAGCCUAGCCCAUGCCCCACCAAUCCAAUGCUUUUAAUUUUGUGGGGAGUAGGGAAAGAGUGCACACUUCGGAAGGAAAGAAAGAUUAUUGGGAUGCCCCAUUGUGUAUUCAGACCAUUUCAAUGAAAAAUGUACUAUAAAAGCACUGAUUAUAUGUAACAAUACCUUAUGGAAAUAGUUACUCUUCAGGAGCAUGUCGAUCUCCGCUGGCCUGUAUAGAGACUUCGCUUAUCCAGUAAUAUGUCAUAUUUGCUCAAGUACAUUUUAAGUAGUGUUUGUGUUGAGAAAGUAAGUAUAGUAAAGACAUAAGGAACAUUUUAAAGACAUAAGGAGCAUUAUCACUGUUUUGAAAAGCCAUACUUUGUAUCUACGAAUAAGAAUAGACCAGGGUAUAAAAAUACAUCAGCAAAUAUGUGUCCAUUGCUCCGUAUUUGUUGAUGUUUGUUACUCUUUAAAAAGCAGUGCACUGAAAGCAGUUCACGAAGUGCCUUGCUAAAUAGAUCAUGUUUGAGGAAUAUGUGAAUUCAUGAAACAUACAUACAUGUAACGAUGUUGCCAGGUAAAAAGGCAUAUGGAAAUAUUAGAAUAAUUUUCUCAUUACGACCUUUGAUCAUGUUUAUAGAUAUACUGUAUGGUACGUGCUUUAAAUUAUGUUAAAGAGACUUGAUUAUUGCAAGCUAAGUACAAUAUGAUGCAACUAUAGAACAUUGUGAUGCUACAUUGUUAACAUCCAUCCAUGUAUAGAGGAGCUUGCAGUGGAACAGAAUCCCAUGCAAAGCUAGAGACGGUUUUCGUGGACCCAGAUUAAGCCUAAUGAAGGACUAAAAAACAUGCUGAGUGGAGAUUCUCAAUUGAAAGUGAUUUUUAGUCCAGGACUAUACUUAAUCUGUGUAUGUGAAACCAGCCCCUAGUGUGCAGGAGAUGGCCACUUGUCAUACUGUAUAAAAUAUCUUCCAAGUGCCCUCCAGAAGCUGUACAGUAACCCUCUAAGGACCCUCCUCUUUGUGAGACUGACUGUAUGAUAAAAAAAAGGACAGAGAUCUGCCUCAGUGUAAAUCAGUCUGUGGAGACACGCUAACCUGGACUCAGGGGUAGACGUAGCAUAGUACAUUUAAAUACGGGACACUCCUAUUAGUAUGAUAUGUUACGUUUCGUAUGUUAUGUAUUAAUUUGUGGAUGCCCAUCAUCCAUUUCGGAUGGUAUGUUAUGAAUUGCAAUUCUUACAAUAUUUAACGAAUUGCAAUUCGUUCAAUAUGUUACUAAUUUGCAAAACAUAUGAUAUGUUACAAAUUCCAAUUUGUUGGGCUUAGCUAGGUGGUAAGGUGGCUAAUGCUAACAUUAGCUGGGUGGCCAAUGUUAGCUAGACUAGGGGUUAAGGUUAGCAGUUGGAUUAAAGGAUUAGGAUUAGGGGAAGGUUUAGCUAACAUGCUAAGUAGUUGCAAAGUAGCUAAAAGUAGUAGGUAGUUGCAAAGUUGCCAAAAUGCUAAAGUUGUGAGAUUCGAACACUCAACCUUUAGGUUUCUAAACGUUUGUGUUAUAUGCCUACCCAUCCACCCUGACCAAACACCCUACUUCAAUUUUUGCCUUAAGUAACCUUCUCUCUUAUGUAACCAAUCCAAACUAAACAUAUCCUAAUUUGAGUAUCCCUGAUUUACAUUUACUAUGUUACGUCUAGUCUAUUAGACCAGGCUGUACACACAAACCCUGUGCCUGUCUAGGAUGUAUCAGAUCUCUGAAGGAAUAUGCUAGUACUCCAUGUGUACUCGGUGGACAUGAUUACACACUAAUUUGUGGAUUCAUUACCCCUCCCUACUUACUGAGCUAGACAUGGACUAUAUGGAGAAUCAAAUAAGGGAUGAAUUACUUUGAUUACAAAUCAUAUCAAGAACAAUGAAACACCGCAACCUCCUCAGUUUUUAUUUUAGUUUGCUUGCUGGAAUUAAAGUAGCCUUAACGUAUGUACAGGUAUGCUGCCCAUCCAUUUUACUAUGCUGUGUGUGUGUGUGUGUGUGUGUGUGUGUGUGUGUGUGUGUGUGUGUGUGUGUGUGUGUGUGUGUGUGUGUGUUGUAUAUAGCUUUUGUACAUUUCAAAUACAGUAUCUCAGUUUUUUCUGUUUCAACCAAA